CAUGUUAAGAGUGUGGGAAGAAAAACUUCAAAAUCAAUAUCAAUCAAUUUUUUUUUUCAUUAAAAAUAAUUUAUAUUGAAGUUGAAUAUCUUACAAGCUAAAUAAAAACUUUUUUUUUUUUUUUAUGUCAACCGACAUGAAAAAAAGGUUUACAACUUUUUUAUUUAGGAACACGAUAACCUGAGUAUCACAAUUUUUUAAGAAAACUUGCAAAGGUAGAAAACCAAGAUUUUUCUGUAGUUAUUUGUCACCAUGCAUUUUUACGUGUUAGGAAUUGGUAUUGAACCUACAUCCACCGCCAAACACCCUCCUCAAAUUUCUUGGCUUCAUACAGCUUUUCAUGAAGCUGUUGCUGAAGCAUUUGGAACGUUUAUACUUAUUCUACUGGGUACUGGUAGCGGAGGAGGAAGGCUUACGGGGUCCAUUGCGGAUGACUGGGAAACAGGAACGAUGUGGUCUAUUGGUAUCAUAAGCGGAACGUAUGGAUGCGGAUUUGUAUCCGGAGCACACAUGAACCCUGCUAUUAGUAUAGCCAUGGUAGUGGCUGGUUAUAUGCCACUCUGGAAAAUUUUUCACUAUACUUUAGGGCAGCUUAUUGGUGGAAUUGCAGCGUCAGCCCUUGUAUACACAUUCUACUACGACUUUCUUGAUGAAAACUUAGCAUCGUUCCACAAUGGAUCCAUUGAAAGCGCUUAUUUACAGAAUAGCGGUAUUUUUAGCUGCAAACUGCAUACAAAUGUUUCCACAUGGAGGGGAGUUUAUAUUGAAGCUGUACUCACGGGACUUCUUGUCAUUGUCGUUAGCUUUGUAGGAGAUCCUUAUUCUAUUUUAAAAAAGUACCCAUUCGUAUCCCCUUUUAUCAUUGCUCUUUUUGUUGGAGGACUUAUUUCUUCGUUUGGAUCAUUAACAUCAGCUUGUCUUAAUCCAAUUCGUGAUUUGUCCCCUAGAAUUGUAAUGUUUUUUUUUGGAUGGGGUGAAUCUGCUUUUCCUGGUAUUGAUAAUCGUAAUAAAUUUUGGAUUUUCAUAUUGGGACCCAUGAUAGGAGGUGUUGUCGGAAGUUUAUUCUGGAAGAUGUUGGGAUCCUACUUAUAUGAAUAUUCAGCUAAACAACGCUCCUUACUUCAAAUGAAUAGUACGAGCACGGAUGAAUCGCGACUAUUAGAAAAUGACCAUUUAUAUUUUUCUUGAUUUUUUAAUAAUCAAUCCGUAUUAAAUGUUCCAACUUUUUUUAGUAUGAACUAGAAUAUAUAUAUAUAUAUAAUAAUGCAUGUAAAACAACUUU